AAAUCUCUUCUCAAUCACAGCCAUAGCAACAUUUUCCAGUCAGAUUUAUUCUAAAACGUGUUACCCACUAACCAAAACCAAGAAGGCCAAGGAUCAAAUUCCUACACUAUAAUUAAGGCCAAACUUUUUUUAUUAUUAACAUUUAUUAUUGGUCAAAUUAAUAACCCAAAAUCAACCUCCACAAGUCUCUAAAUCCCCUCACCUAUUACUGCAACUUCACUUUCUCUCUCUCUCUUUCUAGCCAUUUCUCAGAGUUUUCUAACUUUCACUUCCAUAGUUUUUCCAAGAAAAGGCCAAGAAUGUCACUCAAAUCUUUGGCAUAUUUUGUUUGAUGAAUCUUGGAUAAUUGAAAUACAGGGUUGAUUGUAGGUGAUGAAAAGUUUGUGGCAACUGAAGGGGCUAAGAUGAGCCUGAAGGAGGAGGCAAUCCAAGAAGAAAUAAUAACAGAGGAAGAAGAUUCCAUGCAACAAAGGCCAUGGAUGAUAUACCGGGCUCAAUUGGAACCAGCGCUAGCUUCUCUUUGAGAUUGGCCCAAACCAUCUUCUCUUGUGCUUCUCUCUUUUUCAUGUCUUUGGGUGUUCAAUUCUACAGCUACACUGCCUUCUGCUAUCUAGUUACAAUCAUGGGUUUGGCAAUUCCAUGGAGUUUCACAUUAGCAAUCGUUGACGGAUACUGUGUUUUGGUAAAAUGCCCUAUCCGGCAGCCCGGAAUACUGCUGACUAUUAUCAUCGGAGACUGGGUUUUAUCAAUUCUUAUUCUAGCUGCUGCAUGCUCAACAGCUAGUGUUGUGGAUCUCCUGCUCCAUGCUGAUAGGUCAUAUUGCCCUCCAAGGGUUUGCAGUAGAUAUCAAAUAUCUGCUGCAAUGGCAUUCUUGUCUUGGUUUUUUUCCAUGUCUUCAUCUCUGUUCAAUCUCUGGUUACUCCCCUCCUUGUGAUUUUCAGGAUGGUUUUUGAUGUUUUUGGAUUUGUGUAUUCAUAAAGAUUGACAAAUUUGUGGACUUGCAGUUUAAAGCAACUUA